AUGAUAAUCUUCUCAAAUUCUCUCAUUCAUCAUGUGGCUGCACCUGGAGCCUCUUCAUCACCGCCAUUUCGAGGAGUCUCCCAGUCACAGCCACUGCUAUGGUUGCCCCAAAACAACUGCAGAAUUCGUUUGCUCCGCAGUGUCAGCGGCACCUGUGCUGCCUCAUCCUUUUCAUGGUGGGUGACAACAGAGGACAAGCAGCGACAGCCUGGUGGAGCAGUGCUAUAUAAAGACAAUGCAGCUUCAGACAGACCUCGGUUUCAAUCCCUGUUCCAUGGAUUUCUAGCUCUACAACUCUGGCUCAGAAAAAAAGUGUGCACUGAGCCUGACAUGAUUCUAAAAUGUUUGUGGCUUAUAGUCCUUAUGGGUCUUUGCAUUAUGGGCAUCCUGUCUCUGGACUGUAACUUACUGAAUGUUCGCCUGAGGAGAGUCACUUUGCAAAAUCUGAGACUUCUCAGCAGUCUGAGCAAUUCAUUUCCUGUAGAAUGUCUAAAAGAAAACAAAGAUUUUGAGUUGCCCCAAAAGAUCCUAUCACAUACCCAGACUGUGAAAAGGGACCUCAAGGAGGCCUUCUAUGAAGUAUCCACACAGGCCUUCCACAUCUUUAGUCAAUACACCUUCAAACCCAUUUGGAAACAGAAACACCUGAAUCAAAUCCAGAUAGGACUUGAUAAGCAGCUGGAGUACCUAGAACAAUGCUUGCCGGAAGAGGAGAAUGAAAACGGAGAUGCGAAAGAAGUUGCCAUGAAACACUCAGGAGCUCAGGGCUCCCAGGUGCACAACCUAGAACUGAGGAGAUAUUUCAACAAGAUAUACAAUUUCCUGAAAGAAAAGAAAUACAGUCACUGUGCCCAGGACAUUGUACAAGUGGAAAUCAGAAGAUGUAUCUACUACUUUUACCAAUUCACAGCACUACUCAGGAGAAAAUAA